CACUACUUUUACAUGAUGAUAUCAAGUACAGAAUACCGUAUAGUUAUACCGUUCAGUGAAGUGAAUGAGAUCACAAAGUACAAAAUUUUACUAUUAGAAGGCUAUUCAAGAUUCUCGAUAAAACAACUUUUUUUAUUUUUUAUUGUCGCAAUUAAGCUAAAACUUGCUCUAAACAUGCGAUUUUUUAGUAAUUAUUGCAGAAGUAAUAUUCGUUUGAAUGGUAAAACUAUUGUGAUAACAGGUGCAAAUUGUGGAAUUGGAAAAGAAACAGCCAGAGAUUUAUAUAAAAGAGGUGGCCGAGUAAUUUUAGCAUGUCGUGAUAUUAAUAAAGCAAAAGAAGCAGUGAAUGAUAUAAAAGAAAAUGUUUCAAGAGCUCAAGAAAAUAAACUCGAAGAAGAAUUAGGAGAAUUAGAAAUUUGUCACUUGAAUCUCAGUAGUCUUGCAAGUAUCAAGAAGUGUGCGCAACAUCUAUUAGCAGUUGAAUCGAAUAUUCAUAUAUUGAUCAAUAAUGCAGGAGUAUUUUUGCAUCCAUUUGAAAAAACAGAAGACAAUUUUGAGACUCAUUUUCAAGUUAAUCAUCUAGGACACUUUCUAUUAACACUUCUAUUGCUACCGAAAAUACAAGAAUCUGGACCAGGAUGUAGAAUAAUUAAUGUUUCAUCGCUUGCACAUAAAUAUGGUGAUAUAAAUUUCGAAGAUUUAAAUUUAGAACAUUCCUACACUCCGAUAAAAGGAUACUGUCAAAGUAAAUUAGCUAAUAUUUUUACUAAAGAAUUGAAUAACAAGUUACGUGCUGCUGGAAUUCAAAACAUAAAUGUAUAUUCUCUACACCCUGGAGUAGUAAAAACGGAACUUUCUCGAUAUUUGGAUGCAUCUUACUUUCGAGGUGCACGAUUAAUAUCAUCGCUAAUUAAUCCUUUAAUGAAAACUGCGGAGCAAGGUGCUCAGACAACUAUAUAUUGUGCUAUAGAUGAAAAUGCAGGAAAAGAAAGUGGCCUAUAUUAUGACAAUUGUAGAGUAGUAAAUCCAUCAAUGAAAGCUUGUGAUCCUGAAUUAGCAAGUCAAUUAUGGAAAUAUAGUUGUGAGUUACUUGGUUGGUCAUCGGACAUUGGACUUAAGGAACUAUUAAAAAUAAUAAGUAACAAAGAAAUUAUAUAAUAAGAAAAUACUUUUACUCCAAAAUUUUAUAUAAAUGCAAUUGUAUCAAAUAUUUAACAAUUUUAAUAUUGUUUUGUUAAUUUUAUAAUAUUAAUUUAUAAUAUGUUGUUUAUUUAACUUUGCACUAAGAAAAUAAGUAUUUGAGGAGAUUUUUUGGAGAUUAAAUAUUUUUAUUAUAUAUUCCAGAUAUUAAGUAAUAUGAUAAUAUUAAUACAAUAUGAAUAUUUUUAUUUAAAAUAUUCACAUUAUGGGAUUUAAACAUAAAGGUUAUUUUUAUAUCUUUAAAUUUAU